AUGUACGACGAAAAGGUAGCAAUUGUAAUCGACAAUGGUUCUGGAAUCUUGAAGGCUGGCUUUGCAGGCGAUGAUGUUCCGGAUUUCGUCUUUCCGUCAAUUGUGGGUCGUCCUCGUUCUACGAAUGAUUUCUAUCAACCAUGGGAACAGUUUAUUGGUGAUGAGGCUCAAUCCAAAAGAGGCUUCUUGACGCUCAAAUACCCAAUUGAGCAUGGAAUCGUGACCAACUGGGAUGACAUGGAGAUGAUCUGGCAUCACACAUUCUGCAAUGAGCUUCGCGUCGCUCCAGAAGAACACCCAGUGCUUCUCACCGAGGCUCCACUCAAUCCAAAGGCAAACCGCGAGAGGAUGACUCAAAUCAUCUUCGAAACGUUCAACGCGCCCGCGAUGUGUGUCUCCAGCACGGCGAGACUCGCGCUUUUUGCUUCUGGACGUACUACUGGCCUCAUACUCGAUUUGGGUGAUGGUGUGUCCUCCGUUGUUCCAAUCUACGAGGGAUAUGCUUUGCCAAAUGCAAUUCUGCGCUUGGAUCUUGCCGGUCGUGAUCUCACCCAUUAUCUCAUGAGGAUGGUCAUUGAACGCGGUUACUCAUUCUCGUAUCGCGAGUUUGUGCCAGACAUCAAGGAGAAACUUUGCUACGUCGCUUUGGACUUUGAGCAAGAGAUGUCAACUUCUGCUUCAUCGUCAAGCCUGGAGAAGACCUACGAAUUGCCUGAUGGACAGGUCAUCACCAUUGGAAACGAGCGAUUCCGUUGUCCUGAAGCUCUCUUCCAGCCAUCUUUCUUGGGCAUGGAAUCGGCGGGAAUCCACGAGACUUGCUACAACUCGAUCAUGAAAUGCGACAUCGAUAUCCGCAAGGAUCUCUACGCAAACAACGUCUUGUCGGGAGGAACCACCAUGUACAGUGGAAUCGCUGAUCGCAUUCAGAAGGAGAUUCAGGGCUUGGCUCCAAGCUCGAUGAAGGUGAAGAUCGUGGCUCCCCCCGAGCGCAAAUACUCUGUGUGGAUUGGUGGAUCGAUUCUUGCAUCACUCUCUACUUUCCAUCAGAUGUGGAUCUCAAAGCAAGAAUACGAUGAAAGUGGACCAGAAAUUGUACACCGCAAAUGUUCC